AUGGAUGAGUUCAUAUAUGUAGUAGCAGCAACUUUUUCAGUACUCUCAAUUCUAUGGUACAUCAAAUAUUCACUGGGGAAAAGAACUCCUCCCUUGCCACCAGGUCCACGUGGCAUUCCGAUCCUCGGUUAUUUGCCGUUUAUCGGCAGAAGCAAUAACUUGUUCCCCAAGCUAACCGAGUUAGGGCACAAAUUCGGUCCGAUCUUCAAACUCAACCUCGGCCGAAAACUCUGCGUCGUGAUCAACUCACCCUCACUCGCCAAAGAAAUCGUCCGAACGAAGGACGCCGUCUUCUCCAACCGUGACGCCUCCGUCGCGAACCUCGCCGCCUCGUACAACGCAAGCGACGUCGUUUUUUCCGAGACGAACUCGCGAUGGGCGACAAUGCGUAAGGUAUUCGUCCGAGAAAUGAUGAGCACCGCUAGCCUCGAAGCUUCCAAUGAACUCCGUGCCAACGUUGUCGGGAAGGCGGUGGACUACGUCCGGGCCCACUCGGGGAAGCCGGUCAAAAUAGGCGAGUUGACUUUUCGGACCGAACUCGACGUAAUUAUGAACAUGUUGUGGGGUGGGACAAUUGAAGGGGUAAAAGGGGAAAUUAUUGCGGCGGAGUUCUUUUCGGUUGUGUCGAAGAUUAUUGAUUUGUUGGGGAAGUUGAAUGUUUCCGAUUUCUUUCCGGUUCUCGCCCGGUUCGAUUUUCAGGGAGUGAAGAGAGAGAUGGAGGGUUAUGUGAAAUGUGUGGACAGGAUUUUUGAUGAUGUUAUUGCACAACAUGAAAAGAAGUUGUCUUGUGGAGAAAUAAUCAAGAAACAAGGGAAAAAAGACUUUCUCCAAAUCUUGUUAGAGCUUCAAAACAACCAAGAUUGUGGUCACAUUUCAAUUAGUCAUACACAGAUCAAGGCUAUUAUGAUGGACAUUGUAGCCGGUGGGACCGACACAAGCGCCAUAACAGUCGAGUGGGCAAUGGCCGAGCUCAUGCUAAAUCUGACGGUCAUGAGCAAGGCGCAGAAAGAAUUAUCCGACGUAGUUGGAUGGGGAGAGGACGGUCGAAGAAUCCCACAUCCCGAAAUUGAAAUAUCUAGAAGCAGUUGUUAA